CGGCAGUUUGGAUUUCUAAAAUUGAACUCGCCAGAGCAGUCGAAAAAGAAGGCCGUCGUCUUACGUGCAAUAGAAUACCUAGAGAAAAUGUUGGUUCAGGCGCAGUCCGAGAAAACGAGAAACAAAGCCGACAGUACCGAAGCGAACUCAGAGGGCGAAGACGCCAGAGAAGACGAAGGAAUCAAUAUCGAUCCGAAGACCUACUGCAAGUUGGGUCACUUUCACUUGCUCCUCGAAGAUUACGGCAAAGCGAUGUCGGCGUACCGUAAGUUCUACGCCCUUAAGGGGGACUACUGGAAAGACGCGAGCUUCUUGUACGGCCAAGGCCUGGUUUACUUUCACUUCAAUGCGUUUCAGUGGGCGGUGAAGGCAUUCCAGCAGGUGUUAUGGGUGGAGCCGGGGUUUCCACGAGCGUGCGAGGUGCACCUUCGUCUGGGUUUGAUGCUGAAGGUCCAUGCUGACUUCGACGCGGCCCUCAAGCACUUCACCCUCGCUCUCAUCGACGCCACCACACCUGCCUCCUUCUCGAAGCUCGAAAUUAAGUUUCACGUGGCCCACCUUUAUGAGGUCCAGGGCAAGUACCGGCUGGCCAAGGAACACUACGAGGCGCUGCUGAAGGAAAAGGCCUUGCCUUCUCACCUGAAAGCGGAUAUCUGUCGGCAGUUGGGAUGGAUGUACCACGUGGUCGACUGUGCCGUCCUGGGAGUAACUAGACAGCAGAAACAGGCGAUCGCCAUCCACUGCCUUCAGAAGUCCAUCGAAGCCGAGCCCAAGAGUGGGCAGAGUCUGUAUCUGCUAGGACGCUGUCUCGCGGCUUCUGGGAAGGUGCACGAUGCGUUCAUCGCGUACAGGAACUCCGUGGAAAAGUCCGAAGGCAACGCCGACACGUGGUGCAGCAUAGGCGUGCUCUAUCAGCAGCAGAACCAGCCUAUGGAUGCACUUCAAGCCUACAUCUGCGCGGUUCAGUUAGACAAGUCCCACUCGGCAGCGUGGACCAAUCUUGGGAUUUUGUACGAAAGCGUCAGCCAACCGAAGGACGCCUUGGCUUGUUACGUCAACGCGUCUAGGGGCAACAACAACACGCCGAAUUGUGCCGGCUCGCUAGCGGGCCUAAGCGGGGCGAAAUCAGCCGGCAACUGUCCGAUGAACCCAUCUCUUCAGCAACGCAUUAACUUCCUGCAAAGUCACCUGAGCCAAGCACCGAUGCCUUCCAUCGCCACCAAGAGGCGGCAGUUGCCGUCGAUAGAGGAAGCUUGGAACUUGCCGAUCAGCGCUGAAAUGUCCAGCAGACAGCAGCAACAGCAGCAACCCUCGGGGGGUACGGGAGGGUACAAAUAUGGCGCAGCACCUUCGGGACCUCCACCCCCAUACCCCCAGGGUCAAGGGCAGAACCUCAAUGCGAAACGAUUCAAGGCGGGCGAGGAGGCGAUAUCUUCCGGGGCGCAGCAACGACCACCGCCGUUCCACUUGUCGGCCCAGCAGCUGCAGAUGCUGCAGUACCUGCAGCAGAACCACGGUAACCUGACGCCGCAGCAGCAGAGUCUGUUGGUGCAACUGCAGCACCAGUAUCGGUCCAUGCAGCAGCACCAACAGCAGAUCAGGCAGCAACAGCAACAGGCGAUCCAGCGCGGCAUCAGACCCGGACAACCGGGGUAUCCCACGGCCUACGGCCACCCUCAGCCAGGACAGGCAGGUGUCAUUAAGAACUAUGGCAUUCCGCAGCAGCCGCAAAGCGGAACCGUCGCCCUGCAGACGGGAUUCUCGGACUCCAGCAUGGGCUACAGUCCAGCCGCGACAGGGAACACUCAGCAGCCGGCAGGAAUGCCCUAUAAAUCGGCCUCUGAUCCCCAGCGACAACCUGGCUCGGGUCAGUUCGGUCAAUUCCACUCGAAUCGGUACGCCGCCCAGGGGUAUACCCAGAUCACGUCGAGGCCGACCUCGUGUCCGGACGGCUCCUCCGGGAACAAGGACCUAGGGGUGACGGACCAGGAGCUGCAGGCUCUCCUCUCGCAGAAGGACAUCGCCACCACCCUUGCGGAGGACCUCCUGAAGCACUUUGGCUCGGAGAACCUGGAUGUCAAGGAGGAGGCGCCCAUCGUCACCAACAACGGGACCCUCAGCUCUGGACCCUUCUCGCCGUCCAACAUGGAGGAUAGCGAGAAGAUCAAGGAGGUCAAGGUCGAGAAGAUCGACGAGGUGCAGCUCGGCUCCUCUAUGGGAUCCAAGCUGGACGUCUUCAAGAAGUAUGAGUCCAAGACCGGGACCGUAUCGGUCGAGACGGUCAAGUGCGAGGCCACUUCCAGCACGAACAAGGUCGAGCCUGUCCUGAAAUUUGAAAGUCUAGGCGAGACCGUGGCGGAGCAGGAGACCAACAUCGAGAUGGACGCGAAGACCAUCGUCGAAACAUGCAAGGGCCAGGGUUUAAAGGGUCUACCUAACUGUUCGAUAUUGAGCGAUCGGUCCCCGCCACCGGCUCCACCAGAUCCUCCUAAUCAGAGAUUGACCAAGGAACAGUUACUGCCCCCGACACCUAGCGUGUAUCUCGAGAACAAGAAGGACGCUUUCAGUCCCCAACUUCAGGAGUUCUGUUUGAAGCAUCCAAUCGCGGUGAUCCGCGGAUUGGCUGCUGCCUUGAAGCUGGAUCUGGGACUCUUCUCGACCAAGACCCUCGUCGAGGCCAAUCCGGAUCACGGCAUCGAGGUCAGGACUCAGAUACAACAAACGAGCGACGAGAACUGGGAUCCCGUGAUGGGCAGGAAGGUGUGGGGCUGCAUCAGCCAUCGCAGCCACACGACGAUAGCCAAGUACGCCCAAUACCAGGCAUCCAGCUUCCAGGAGAGCUUGAAGGAGGAGAGGGAAAAGUCUCAAGGCAUCCACACGGCGAACCUCUCGGACUCGGACUCGAAGGACAGCACCGGCGUGGUCAGGAGAAAAAAGAACGCCUUCGGCCUAGCUGGCCGACCUGGCGCCAAGAUGCUGCGGUUCGGCACCAACGUUGAUCUCUCAGAUGAGCGGAAAUGGAAGGUCCAGCUGCAGGAGCUCAUGAAGUUGCCGGCGUUUGCGAGGGUCGUGUCCGCUGGGAACAUGCUGAGCCACGUUGGUCACGUAAUCCUGGGAAUGAACACCGUCCAGUUGUACAUGAAGGUCCCUGGCAGCAGGACACCCGGCCACCAGGAGAACAACAACUUUUGCUCGAUCAACAUCAACAUAGGACCCGGGGACUGCGAGUGGUUCGCCGUACCCGACGCCUACUGGGGAAUGAUCUGCUCCCUUUGCGAGAGGAACAACAUCAACUAUCUGCACGGUAGCUGGUGGCCCUCGCUGGAAGACCUCUACGAGGAGAACAUACCCGUCUACAGGUUUCUGCAGAGACCCGGGGAUCUCGUCUGGGUAAACGCCGGCUGCGUUCACUGGGUGCAGGCUGUCGGCUGGUGCAACAACAUCGCCUGGAACGUCGGGCCCCUGACGGCUCGGCAGUACCAGCUGGCGAUCGAGCGCUACGAGUGGAACAAGCUGCAGUCCUUCAAGUCGAUAGUCCCUAUGGUCCACCUAUCCUGGAACCUGGCCAGGAACAUCAAGGUCUCGGAUCCCAGGCUCUUCGAACUGAUCAAGAACUGUCUCCUGAGAACGAUGAGGCAGUGCUGCCUGAUUCUCGAGUUCGUCAAGAGCAAGGGGGUCGAGGUUCGGUUUCACGGUCGCGGGAAGAACGAGGCUUCGCACUACUGCGGCCAGUGCGAGAUCGAGGUCUUCAACAUCCUGUUCAUCCGGGAACAGGAGAAGCGACACGUGGUCCAUUGCAUGGACUGCGCUCGCAAGCAAGCCCCGUCCUUGGAGGGAUUCGUAUGCCUGGAGGAGUACCGGAUGCGCGACCUGAUGGACGUCUACGACGGGUUCACCUUGCACUCCUCGCAGACCACCUCCCUGAUGGCGGCGCAGACCGGCCAGUCCUGAGGUUACACGCAACACAGGUACCUCGACUACUUGAGCACCCUGCGAUGACCUGGGCGGUGCUUCGCCCUCGCCUAGAUUCCUACGGACACGGUUGCAGUUCACGUACCUGAGAGAGCCGCCUCGAGGGGCGCCCCACGAGGCUCGGCUCGGCGCUUCUACCUACGGAUAUACAGAGAUAUCGAUUAUCAGGGACAAGAGGAACGUAAACGACUGUAAGGAUCGAAGGAGACCAGCUCGGCCCCUCGUAGGUCGUCCUCGUCGUCCUCGCCGGCCCAAGGAACGAACCGGCUACGCCCGCGAUAUUACGUUACAUGGCGUAGCGAUAUUUUACUUAGGACGAUUUGUACAAAUUGUUGGCCUCGUCCCCGCAACGAGGUGACCCUAGGUAGCUUGCGUCGUGCAGAGGAAGUCAAUCGCCGAUAUCAACGAUCAAGAGCGCCGAUAACGACGCGAAUGGAGCCGAGGAGGGGCUCGAUGCUCCCGUUGUUGGGAAAUGAGUCUCCUCGUUCGAUGCCCCGUUACGUGCAAAGUUCAAAGAACGUUCUCGCGACUCUCAUUGAAUGCAAUACCACGAGUACACGCGAGCGCCGGUGUGCACUUCCUGUUUGCGUAGCCAUCGCGCCCCACCCGCGUGCGUAGAGGCGCAAGACUUGCGGUUUUUCACUUCUCUCCUAUACUUCUUAUAUUCUUCUUUUUUUUUUUUUUUUUUUUUCGUAUUCCUCCUCGCUAACCGACGCAGGAAACCGCGGCAACGUUCACUGCCAGUUGUAUCUACGUACAAAGUAACGUGUUUAAUUCAAGCGGUUAUCGAUCGGCGUUGAUUAUUGAUUACGAUGUAGAGUACGUACGACGGUAGAAGGCUCAAAGACUCGAUUAAAUAUGGCGCGAUGUCGCGGCUAGGGAAAUCGCGGUCGAGGUCGAGUGUGCUCCAGUUGCCGGGCCCUUCGAACUCCGUUAUCGAGGGGACCGCUUUUUACAAUAUCUAGGCAAUCGGUGACUCCGUCGUUGGAUGUAGAAUUAAAUGUACAGAUGGGACGUCACUUUUCCUUUUCUUUCUUUUCUUCUCCGCCGCGUCUUAGUGGCGCUCCGAUCGACUCGCUGGUAUUAUUUGAGGAUUAUUUUUGUUAAUGCUAAUUCUCAAAAGAUGUUAACGCCGGUGCACGGUGUCGAGCUAGGAAACUGGAAGAGGGAGGUAUGGUAAUGGACAUUGAAAUCGGAUCAGGUAGGGAAUUAUGCAGCGGUUGCGAAACGACACGUGGAUCAUUGUACAUUGAAAUACUCCAUGGGGCCAAACGGACAGCGGGAUCGAUCGGAGGGUUCUGAGAGGUCGAUUUGUAAAGAAUUAUCUAUAAUUUCGACGUCGAAGACGAAAAGGUGGCCCUCUUGAUAUCGAAUUUGUGUCGGAGAGGACGCUAAAGGGCUCCGGUCUACUUCCCGUAGAAAACUGGAGAGGUCACUCGGCGAUCGCUUAAUUAAUUUAAAUGCGACUUAGAUUGGUUUAAUACUAGCGUAGGUGUAUAAAUAACGAGGGAACGACUGAACAUUCGGACAUUGUGAACAACCCAUCGCUCCGGUCGCACCGAAAAUCAACGCAAAGAAAAAAGAAAUGUCGACUUCAUUUCGACCGUCUGGAUCCUCUGGCCCCUUUUCAUUUGUCGCGUUUCAAUCGAUCGAAUUGCCGAUUUGGGAUCCCUGAUCACUACAGGAAUUUCGUUUCAUUUUAAAUCUCCAUUUCGCAACAAGGGGGAAAUUCUUUCCCGUCGCUCUCCUUCGAAAGGAGAGUCGACAACUCUUCGAUAACCAGAGGAAACUAGGAAUGGAAAUCAUGAUAUAUACGCUGGUCGUAGAGACGUCCUGAAUGACCCGGGUUAAAAUAUUCAAAUUACGGUUCAAUCGAAUAUUUCGAAAUUGAAAUGAUAUUAUUUGGAGAUGUAGAAUUUUGACGAACGGGACAGCCGAUUGGAAUAAUUGUUUCUGGUCACUCGCGCAAGUUUCGCGAGUAUGUCAAAUCCGGCCCACUUGUAAAAGGAACUUGCUCAUUGACGGAAAUGACCGUUUCCGUUGCGAAUGGUCAUCAAUGAUAAUCAAGCCCGUCACCUCGGUUCAUACGUGACCAAAGAUUUAUUUAACGUAAUAUCCCAAUUAAAAAAAAAAAAAUAAAUACUCCUCCUUAUCGGUCUCAAGACCUAUGGACCGAAAAUCAUUGUUCCCGUUGACGAAAGCGAGACAUUUCUCAUGUCGCAUCUCCAACUACUCAAAGUGACCGUAUCCUCAUUGCUGCUUCCGCCUCGCUUAAGCAAUUGAGAUUAGUUCGUCUAUAUCGCCGAUGCUUGUGAUAAAAGGACAUACACCCUUGAUUCGCUAAAACGAAUCUAAGGGAGAGGGAGAAAGAGCAUUUCAGUCCAGACCCCCAAAAAAUUAGACAAAUCGCUUAAAAAGAGAGAAAAAAAAAUGGAAAUAAAUUCAGUCCGCGUCUUCUGAAAUUCUAUAUUUCUUUUUUCUCGCUCGAGAAGUUAUCUCCCUUGACUUAUCAGGCUACGAUAAAUCCCUAUCAGGGGUGAGUUUCGGUGAACCCUUGGCACGUGGUCACAGGUCGCGCUCGAUUUCUUUCCCUCGUUAGAAAUCGACAGAGAUGAUUCGCCGCCGUUCGAUAUUAGCGAGAAAGUUGCGACGUAGACUCGAAACGAGGAGAGGCGCCUCCUCGACAAUGGGGAAGAUAAUGUUAAAGGGAAGAUAUAAUAUGUAUAUCGGAAAACAGGCAGCCGCGACGACGUUACCGAUCCGCACACGGAAGUGGAGGAGACCAGAGCAAACGUAUUUUCUCUACGCGAUCGACGAGAUAUCUACCUUAAGUUUCUAAGCAUACCGAAGUAACCGGACGCAGAGGGAGCGGAUAUGAGAGGUGUAUUUUUUCCCAGGACUACCGAGCGGAGAGUAUAAUAGUGAGAUGGUUAUAUUUUCUAACUGCGUUAGCUCGGGAUUACGGGGAGUCCUAGCCGACAACCUAAUGAAACGUACAUAACAAGCGGACAGGGAGGUCCUUAAGGAACCCCUGCGAGGUAUUUUGUACGCGAAGAUAACGUUCACUGCCAAAUUGUGAUACUAGAGGGGCGUCCUCUUUCCAGCUCGUCCGAAACACCGGGUCGAAAGAGAGAGAAAGAGAGAAAGAGAGAGAGAGCUUAGGGUGUAAGUCGGCGAAUUACAUCCCCGAGGAAGGUGUAAUCUAGGUGCGAUCUAGAAUCCAAUUAGCGAAAUGUGGAAUUCUUCCUCCCGAAGGAGAGAGCCCGCCCGAGAAACGGCAGUCGGCGCUGGCGCGAAUUUUAAUUUCUCUCUCGUGUUCUUCUAUUGUUUUUUUCUCUUUUCUUUCUUCUUUUCUCCUUUAAUAUUUAUUAAGCAAUUAAAUGUAAUUAAUCUUCCUCGCUUCUUCGCGGGGCUGAAAGACCGUGUCAUCCGUUCAUUGGACAGGCCAUUGUACUCGAACAAGUCCCCCUAGUCCAGGUUCACUGUGAUAUAGUUCCUUGCACACUGCCCGUGACAGAUAGACACUGCGACGCUUUGUCGAGUAUCUCGAUGUGAUUAAACGUAACUUGUAGAGCGGUUAUUCCUUGUCUAAGACGCAGGAUUAAUCUCUAAGCCUACGUCGUCUCUUGGUUCUCGCGUGGCUCUCUGUUUCACGUGUCUUAGCGACAUCGGGACGACUCGAGGGGGGUUGAAUUUAGCAUCGAUUGGUCGUAGUGCAUUAAGUAUCCAUGGAGGGUGAUACCUUUCCGGAAAGGGUCUCCAGUGGGUCCCGGAAUCUGGUCCAGGACCUCCACGUCAGAGCGGGAUUAUUUUGUAAUAUUCCCUUAGGGUGUAGUUGGACACUGAACCGAUCGUUGCAAUUCGUAUUCUAUGAAUAUAAUUAGGGGGACGUGUCGUAGCCUACCGGAGUUCGCAUCUUCAUUGUGCAUUUCCUCUGUUUCUAUUUUUAUUUCCAUUAUUUUUCCUCCUUCUCUUUAUCAAUUUUUUUUUAUUUAUAUAAAGCCACUCGGAGGCCGCAACUCGCGAGCGUUCCGUGGACACGACUUGGAAAGGAACCUGGCUAUCGGUACUCCGAGGUGAAGAUCGAUUUUUUUUCCUCGGUGAUAUCUCUAGCCCUGGGUUAUCUCCGCCUUAGGGCAAUCGUAGGAAAUUCCAGUAAAAUUCUCGGAGGGGUAGAAGAAUCGGAAAGGGCCGACGACGCGUCUCCGGGUAGUAGCGAGCGAGAACCUACUUCUCUUGGACAGCGUUGCUCCACAAUCUUGUACAUACAUUGCGGUGUAAUCUAUAGUUAUAUAUAUAUAUAUAUACAUAGUUAAUUGCGUGAGUUCUGUAAAUAUGUAAUCGCCUAACGUGAAGCAGAGUUCGACUUUCGGGGAAACCGAGGGGACGAUUACCCGGACGACGUGCGACGAGACGUCGCGUCGUCGCGUUUAGAUGUCACACGGGUAACGCGGGAGUCGUGGGAUCGGUCUUGAUAUAUAUAUAUAAAAAAAGAAGAAAAAACUUGGGAACGAUGGAUUUGGAUGGCGCCUGAACGGUCUUUGGAAUGGAACACUGUGUGCCACCGCUGUGCUUUUGCUCUCGUCGUCCAGUACACACACCGUUGCUACCUCAUCUGUAGAUUAAAAGAGAUAAUCCAUGUACCCUUAAUUUGGACGAGGAGGUGAUAUAUUAUCGGUUUAAGGGAUGUGCAAAUUGCUUGGUGUUAUCGCCCGAGGGACUCCGAACGUACUUGGCCGUAACUCGUUCCCUGGGGAAACGUUUUACGGAAUCUUCCUGUCACGCUCAACGAGGAUGCUCGAGAUGGGAGGAUUUUCGUAACGUGUUGACAUUUCGACGACUUCCCGAAAGUAGUACGCCGCAUUGCUUUAGGUCGUUUGACGCGAGUUAUCAUUUAACGCGCGUGAAAAAAA